UAUCAAUAAUUCAGGCGCGCGCGACACAGAGAGCAGACGGAGCUGCCUGCCGCGCGCUAUGAGUUCUGCUGCCGCCGCCGCGUCACACUCGUGCAGGGGCUUCGCUGCUGCCGCGUCUGCUCCAAGUGACAGAGAAGCUGCCGAGAAGUGAGACAGGACGACGAGAAGUGGCGGAAAAACAACACUGCGAGCUCCACGGGAGACACGGAGGUGAAAGAGAAGAGGAGAGAAAGCUGACAAUAAUCCGCCUCAGAGUUCGCGUUAGAUCCGUUUAAUCCCAAACCCGGACUGACAGCGACCUGUCAAACAACGGUUCAUCAGGAGAAACUCUUCUGUCUUACUUUUUUCAUUAAAGAAGAAGAAGAAGCGGAACAGACCCGCGGUUUGAGGCGCGCUCUGCUCCGGUACAGUAUGUUGGCGCUCUGCCUGCUCAGUGCCGUGUGGCUCGCGGGUCCGGCUCCGGCCCGCGCUCAGAACGAGACGGAACCAAUCGUCCUGGAGGGGAAGUGUUUAGUGGUGUGCGACUCAAACCCGACCGCGGACCCCACGGGAACCGCGCUCGGCAUCUCGGUGCGCUCCGGCAGCGCCAAAGUGGCGUUUUCCGCAGUCCGGAACACCAACCACGAGCCGUCCGAGAUGAGCAACCGGACCAUGGUCAUCUACUUUGAUCGGGUUCUAGUAAACAUUGGGAGGAAUUUUGACGAAGAGAGAAGUAAUUUCAUCGCGCCGCGCAAAGGGAUUUACAGUUUUAACUUCCAUGUAGUGAAAGUCUACAACCGCCAAACCAUACAGGUAAGCCUGAUGCACAACGGCUGGCCGGUGAUUUCGGCGUUCGCGGGCGACCAGGAUGUGACGCGCGAGGCGGCCAGCAACGGCGUUCUGAUCCAGAUGGAGAAAGGAGACCGGGUCUAUCUCAAACUGGAGAGAGGAAACCUAAUGGGGGGAUGGAAAUACUCCACCUUCUCAGGCUUCCUGGUUUUCCCCAUGUAGAGAGGGAGCGGAGAGGAAGAGGAGGAGCGGAGGGUGGAAAUUAAGCUGGCGGAAGUGCGACGCAGAUGGGCAAAGGAGACGCGAAGUGACAAGAAAGAAGAAUAAAGAAGAAGGGAUGUGACAAGGGACUUCUGUUUGGGACACUGCUGCAGAGGGUGGAGGGACGAGGAACGGAAUGAUUAAGUGUCAGCAUCUUCACGUCCCUUCCUCCUGUCAUCCAUCCCAUCAUCCAUCCCUUCCUUGUGUUUCCUCUGUGGCUUGACUGCAGCUGUGGAAGGCCCAAAACUUUUCUCAAAUCUUUGCUGAAAGACGCAAUCGAUUAUUUAUACGUCCCAGGGUGUUCGACAGCCUGAGUGCAACCCUUCCAUCCAUCUUUCCCUCCCUCCCUCCCUCCCUCCCUCCACAUUCAUCAUUCAAUCAUUAAUUCAUUGAUCUCCAUCAACAUCAGCUU